GUGAAAUUUUGGGUAUCGAUUUUUUUUCUAUAAUCAAAUAGUUCUAUCUUUCCUGAUCACUUUGGUAUAAUUUUUAUGCAUAUUGAAGCACGGGAUCAUCAAUAAAUUUUUGCUCAAAGUUGGGUUACGCGUGCGAAUUUUUACUACUGAAAUAUUAUACGGAUGUGACGUAAUUAAAAGGACGGAAGUCGAAGUAUGAGCAUUGAUUUACUAGUAUUUUGUUAGAUUUUUAACACAUAUACACAAUAAAAUAUGAGUUCUUCAAGCAGUGAAAGCGAACGCAUUUCGGAUACUGAAAACUCAGAUAUGGAAAAUGAAAAUUUACUUUCGAAUUCCGGCGAUGAGGAUACAAUUGUGGCUAAUUCAGUUGUAAAUCCUUACGAAAAUGAACCUCUUGCGAACGCAGUCGGAGAGAAUUUUGUGUCGGUUGAAGAAGACGCAGAUGGCUUAGAACCUCGAACAUUGGAAGCGAGGUUCGAAGGAACCGUUCAGUUAGAUAAGUGGUGUGCAUGUAGCUUGUGUCGUACUCAACUGCUGACAGAUGCCAUUGAAUACCGUUGUUGUCAAGAGGUUGGGCCUACUUUACAUAAACUGGUAUUCGAUGGUAGCAUUGAAAAAAUUAGCUGUGUUACUCUUCACGAAGAGUACAUGAUUAUGAAGACGUUAUUAGUAUAAAAUUUGGACUAAACUAAUUUAUAUUUGAUUCUUGAAUCGGGGAUUUUUAUUUACAAUGUAGCUUGUCUGCAUAAUUGUAAUUGAAAGUUUUUAUUUGUAAUUGUAUAUUGAGUUCCUGUGGCUAUCAUGUCUGUCAAAUUUGUAUUAACUUACAAAUAAAGAUGUUUUUUGUUGUCUUAUUUUUAAUAAA